CUCUUCCUUCUCCCUUGGUCGACACCUAGUCCCUAACAAUGACUUUCGGCGGUGCUGCGCUGAAGUCCAUCGCAACAGUACUCUAUGCCCUGGAGUUCUGCUGCGCUGCGAUCGUCCUUGGAAUCUACUCCUACUUCCUUGCAGUCCAAGCCGAUCGCAAUGUCGACAUUUCCCGCUGGCAGCAAGCCGUCACCGGUCUCUCUGGUGGUACAGUUCUUUACACGAUCUUCGCUAUCGUCUUCACCUGCUGCCUCGGCGGAAAGACCUUCUUUGCUCUCCUUGGCCUGAUCUUCAACGUCCUUUGCUGUGGCGCCAUGAUCGCUGUUGCAGUCCUCACCCGCGACGGUGCAUCCAGCUGCACUGGCAACGUCAAUACUCCCCUCGGCAACGGCCCUAGCAAUUCUAAGGAGGGCUUCGGCAGCAAUGGCCAGGGCAACCAGAUCACCUACUCUGCCUCUCUCGGCACCACAUGCAGGUUGAACACUGCCUGUUUCGCCGUGGCCAUCGUCGGAGCCUUCCUCUUCCUCAUUUCCAUCCCCGUGCAAAUCCUGCUCGGUCGCCAUCACAAGAAGGAGAAGCGUUUCGGCCCCGGCCCGACCAACAACUACACCCGCGGCUCCGGCACCAAGUUCUGGCAGCGCAAGAAGCGCAACACCGAGCUGCGCGAUCCGGAAGUCGCUGACGUACAUGGUACCUCGACUACCGGCCAUGCUGCUCUGGCUCCUGGUGCGCGUGACUACCGCCCUAGUCAUGACACUCACAUGACGGGCUCGACGGUCAAUGCGCCUCAUGGCACUACUACUCACGGUCCCCUCAACAAUCAUGCUUACAACAAGCCGGUUACUAGUGGGUACCACACUGCGCCCACUGGCACUUACGCUACUCCUGUGACCCACUACUAGAUG